CGACCUCAUCGUGCGUGCAUCGUGCAUUGGCAGAGACUUACUGCGAAGCGUGACUGAGGGAUUCGAGAGUAGGGGAAAUUUAGUUACCGACUCACCAUCAACGGCCAAUAGGCCGGGCUAAACUGCCGACUCACUCGCUAUCUGCUCGGUCUCCCUCUUCCCCCCCUAUGGCCUCCUCGUGAGUGAUCCCUGACAAGCUGAUGGGUGGUUUGAUGCGGUGAAGAGGGCUGGAAACGGAAGAGGGGAUAGAUGGAUGCUGAAAAGGAAGGGGUAUGAGGUGGCGGGAUGGCGGGAAGAAGCCGGAGGCCAGAUUGGAGCAAGGACCAUGGUCAAUGACAGAGGUGGUGAAUCGAGUGAUGAGUAUGAAGUGGGCCAGACCCGCCAGGAAAUGAAUGGAAAGUGGUGGUUCUUGGCCCAACCAGUCGCGUCAAGCCGGACCUGUCAAGGUCAAAAAAUCUGCCGUUCCGUUUGGCCAGUUUGGUCCCCUUUCGUCCUGUCCCUUUCGGAAGUGGUCAGCUGCAACGAGGCCCAAGAACGUAAAAGGGGCGCUCAGAGGCUUCCCCGGGACCAAUCGCCGGGAUGUCGCCUUGUCUUGAAAACGGUCUGGGCUGGUCUUGUUGCCGCCCCUUGGGGGAGAGGAGGGGUGGCUUUCCAUCGGCCUCCAGGAAGUGAGGGCGCACGCAAGAAGAGGCAGGCCUCCAAGCCGUCACUGUGACUGCAGCAGCAGCAGCAGCAGAUGCGACUGUGAAGGGAGUCAGUGACAGAUGGGAGACCAACACCACGCACGAUGAGCAGAGUUUCGAUCCGAUUGCUGGGCGUUGCU